AAACUCGAUUGAUGCGGGCCAUGUGCCUCGUGUUUUGGGGCGGCAGAAAUGCGAAGCAUCCUGCUUUCUACUACAAGGUGCGCUUCCAAGCAGCCCAGGGAGCACUAUUGAAGGGUCCCAUGUGGAAGCAUUUGCAAGAUCGCCAGACAGGCUCUGAGAAGCCCCAAGUGACUGCUGCGAGGAUCGCCAAGUCGCGGCUGCUCGCAUUGGAUCUGUCCACAAGCAAAGAGAUCUCCAGCGGCCACAGGAGUGGUGUCACCAGCCUGCAGGUGGACAAUACAGAGCAGCGGUAUUUGCUAUCGGGGGCCUCGGACGGUUCGCUCGCUGUCCAUGACACUCAGGUCCCCACCAAGUAUGAACAAGAUGGCACCGCAGUUCAUGAACGCCUGUUCAAAAUUGACAAGAGGACGGAGGGAGCCCACCAGUACGCCGUCUCGUCCGUUUCAUGGUACCCAAUUGAUACUGGCCUCUUCGUGUCGGGCUCGUUUGACGACACGGUCAAAUGCUGGGAUACGAACACGUUGCAGGUGGAGAUGACGUUCAGUCUUCCCGCCAAGGUAUUUGCCGUCGCCAUGUCUCCAGUCGCUGUCACCCACACUCUCAUAGCUGUUGGCAGCGGUGACACCCGGGUCCGCCUGUGUGACGUCAGCAGCGGCGGCUUCGCACACAGCCUGGCGGGCCACCGGGACGCGGUCUGGGCGGUCACGUGGUCGCUCUCCAGCGAGUUCGUGCUCAUGACGGGGGGGUGCGACGGCGCCAUCCGCUUCUGGGACAUCCGGCGUGCGGGCUGCUUCAAGGUGUUGGACCAGCACAAGACCCAGAUGGGGCGGCGGCCGCCCCCUCGACCACAGGACACGCGUACGGAUCCACCGAACGCUCUUCAACAGCGGGAAGGUCGGGGUCCGAAGCGAAGAGGCGCCCCCGACCGGCCGCAGCUGCUGCACCCGGGGAUGGCGUCAGCGCUGGACCGCACGUCAGCGCAUGACGCCCCUGUGACGUCACUGCAGGGCACGCCGGACGGGCAGUACCUGUUCAGCACAGGUGCCGACUCCCGUUUGCGACUGUGGGACAUUGAGACCGGGAACAACACUCUGGUAAAUUACCGGACGACCCGGGGCAAAGCCAACAGGGGCACACAGAUCGCCGUCUCUCCGGACAGCAGCCACGUGUACCAACCGUCCGGCAGCGUCAUCCAGGCGUUCGACGUAUGGUCCGGGGAGCCGCACGCCACGCUCCGGGGCCACUUCGAGGGGGUAAAUUGCUGCACCUUCCAGGCACAUGAUCAGGAAAUGUACAGCGGGGGCAACGAUCGUCAGAUCUUAGUUUGGGAGCCUCCCGCACCCGCAAAGGUCCUUGAAGAUGAGCACGCAGAUCAAGAUAAUUGGAGCGAUGAUGAAGGGAAGCUUGACUAUGGCUUCCCAUAGGCAGCCUUUGCUUAGUUGAGCUGUUUAUCACGUUAUAAUGAACCAGUCCGGGAGAAGCAAUUACAGCGAGAGAGAGUAGAUAGCAGGGCCAGUCAGUCUUACAUUCUGCUUGAGGUUGAUCAUCAAAGCCUAUGCUGUUGGCCGGUACUACAUCCUUGCAAUUCUGUUGAGGGCUGGAUACCGUGCGAGG